AUGUCCAUUCCCGCAACCCAGAAGGCCGUUGUCUUUGAGUCAAUCGAUUGUCCGCUCACUGUAAAAUGUAUCUCGGUACCGAAGAUCAAGGCUACUGAAAUCCUCGUGAAGAUCGCAUAUACCGGUGUUUGUCACUCUGAUCUACAUGCCUGGAAAGGAGAUUGGCCAAUCAAGGCAAAAUUACCACUGGUGGGAGGCCAUGAAGGAGCUGGUAUUGUUGUUGCGAAGGGAUCGGAGGUGACCAACUUCGAAAUCGGAGAUAACGCCGGAAUCAAGUGGUUGAAUGGAAACUGCUUUGAUUGCGAUUAUUGCUACCGGGGCUACGAGGCCUGCUGCUCACAAGCGACCCUCUCGGGCUAUACAUGUGACGGAACUUUCCAGGAGUAUGCUGUUGCCAAUGCCAAACAAGCUGCUAGGAUUCCGAAAGGCACUGACCUUGCUUCCGUGGCUCCAAUUCUUUGUGCUGGUGUUACUGUGUACAGAGCAUUAACUAUCUGUGACGCUGUUGCCGGUCAAUGGGUUGCUGUGUGUGGUGCUGGUGGCGGAUUGGGAACGAUGGCUGUCCAGUAUGCUAAGGCUCUGGGAUACAAAGUACUUGCAAUAGAUGGUGGUGAUUCCAAGAAGGACCACUGCCUCGAAUUAGGUGCCGACGUGUUUGUCGAUUUCACUAAGAUUGAGGAUGUCAGUGCGGAGGUCAAAAAGAUAACGGAAGGAGGUGCACAUGCUGUUGUUAAUGUCUCCGUUUCCGAGAAGGCUAUGUGCCAAUCCGUGGAGUACGUUAGGUUGUGUGGAACAGUUGUGUUCGUGGGCCUACCUUCUGGUGCUGAAGUCAGAUACCCACUCUACGAUCAGGUUUGCAGAUACAUUACCUUGAAAGGAACAUCUGUUGCAAAUGUGAAAGAAACCGAAGAAGCACUGGAUAUAUUUGCCAAAGGACUGAUCAAGUCGCCCAUCAAAGUGGUAGGGCUAGACAAGCUUGCUGAUGUUUUUGAGCUGAUGGAUGAGGGUAAAAUCCUUGGAAGAUACGUUAUUGACAUGUCGCUAUAA